GGUUUGGGAACCCCUUUAACACCCCGUCCUUCCCCUUGCACCUCCUCAGUAGUGACUUCAACCACGGUUAGAGGGGGAGGAGCAGGCUGGGAGGCUCUGCUCUGUUCCUGUGUUGAUGUUUGUUUGCGAGGGUGGCAGCGUUGAGUGUGGACAGACGCUGUGAGCGGAGGGUUGUCGAUUGGCCUGCCUGCACGCUUCUUGGGGAAUGCUGCAACUUUUUACAAAAACGCGGCGGAAUGAUGCAGAUUAAUGAUGAUUAUUCGCCGAUUGUUACUGUGAAAUACUCGAAGAUAUGGCUGUAAGGUCCUUCUUGGUUUGUGUUGUGCGCAAACACUCGUAGUGUUUUUUUUUUUCUCAGCAACGGCCAGUCAGGAUGCUGGAGCUCGUCUGAGAGCACCCCGCCGUGUGGUCUUUCUCUGGAUUCCCUUUCCCUUACUAAACCAAGUUCUUCUUUGGCGACGAGCGGCCAAUUUCAAACUCAUUUUCUGCCAUUUAAACUUCCAAAAAUGGUGUUCUUCGCUUUGUCCUCGACUCGCAACAAACCUGGGUAACGAAAGGAGUAGCUACGUGACAACACCCCAACACGACGACCAGCGUUACUUUCCCUCGAGGCGCAUCAGCCCCGGGAUUUAUUCAGCUGUGGGGAAUUAAAACAGCAAUUGAUGCAUCUCGGGGUGUCUGAGUCCAUGAGAGAGUGCGAGUACAGCCAAAUAAGCACUCGCAGCUCCACACCGAUGGAGACCCCUUACAAGAAAAGGACCCAAAAGAAGAGGAAGUGGGAGUCCUUCCCAGGUCGGAAUAAAUUUUACUGCGAUGGGAGGAUUAUGAUGGCCAAGCAGACAGGGGUUUUCUACCUCACCCUUGUCCUCAUUCUAGUGACUUGUGGACUUUUCUUCACCUUUGACUGUCAGUACCUGGCGCUCCAGUUGACCCCGGCCAUCCCAGUCAUAGGAGGUGUGCUGUUUCUGUUUGUACUGGGGACACUGCUGAGAACCAGCUUCAGUGACCCAGGGGUGCUACCCAGGGCCACCCCAGAUGAAGCAGCUGAUCUUGAAAGGCAAAUAGAUGUGGCUAAUGGCAGUACGGGCUACAGGCCUCCUCCCAGGACCAAGGAGGUGGUUAUCAAUGGCCAGACAGUGAAACUGAAAUAUUGCUUCACCUGCAAGAUCUUCAGACCACCACGUGCCUCCCACUGCAGCCUGUGUGACAACUGUGUGGAGCGUUUUGACCACCACUGUCCCUGGGUGGGGAACUGCGUGGGAAGGAGGAACUACCGUUUCUUCUAUAUGUUCAUCCUCUCACUCUCCUUCCUCACCAUCUUCAUCUUCGCCUUUGUCAUCACACACAUCAUUUUACGCUCCCAUCAAAAUGGGUUCCUCAAGGCACUUAAAGAAAGUCCUGCCAGUGUGCUGGAGGUGGUGGUGUGUUUCUUCUCUGUCUGGUCCAUAGUGGGCCUCUCAGGCUUCCAUACCUACCUGAUCAGCUCCAACCAGACCACCAAUGAAGAUAUAAAAGGUUCGUGGUCUUCUAAAAGAGGGAAAGACAACCAUAAUCCCUACAGCCAUGGCAAUAUUUUCACCAACUGCUGUGCAGCACUGUGUGGACCCCUGCCACCGAGUCUAAUUGACAGACGGGGUUUUAUUCAAUCAGACACACCACAGCUGGCGCCACCAACCAAUGGCAUCACUAUGUAUGGGGCCACCCAGUCUCAGCAGAGCCACAUGUGUGACCAAGACCAGUGCAUUCAGAGCACCAAAUUCGUUUUGCAGGCCGCCGCCACACCUCUCCUCCAGCAGCAGAGCAGCGAGCCAGUCAUCCUGACGGCCUCCCCUGAAAACGGAGGCUCUUUACCCGGCCGCACCUCUCUCACUCUGGCCGGCCCGUGCACCUCACUCCCCCUCGGCCAGCCAACACCUCCGACGUCCACCCCCAGCCUCAGCUGCCACGAGGCCACCGACAUGUUACCAAUCCACGGACACAGCCACACACACCCCCUCCAGGAGCCGUUGGCCCAUCACCACUUUCUUACCCCAGAGGAAGUGCCCUCACCUCCAGGUAUGCUUCCCUGCGGCAGCCCCAUGGGUCACAGCCACACCAUGCAGGCCAGUUUCUUCAACCCAGCCAGUCAGGAUUCACUGCACGAGGACUCUGUCAGAGGAUUAGUAAAGCUCAGCUCCGUCUGACAAUGGGAUAUAUACCCCCUCCUCCCACCGCCUCCCUCCUGAAAACAUGAAUCCAACCCAUGAAACUCUUCUGUGCCACUUUUGAACCACAACGCUCUCGCACUGAAUUUAACAUUUGACAAAAAAAAACGCUGUGGUUUAAAUUCAGCUGCUAGAAACUGUGGAAUAUGACUGAACCGAAUUGAAACCAGUUCUCCAGUCCUCAGCCACUAUCUUGCCAAACCUCUCCACUGGAACUGGGAGAGAUGGUUCCUUGUGUGGUGGAGCGUAUGACAACUCAGACAUAGGCUUCGCUCCCCUUUUUCUUUUUUUUUUUAAACUUCAAGGGAAGCGUAAUCCAUUAGCUCCUGGAGAGCGGACAGGGGAGUUUCUUUUUCAAAGUGGCGUAUGUCUGUGAGCCAUUUCAAGCAAAAAAUACAUGUUUUGAGACAGUACAUGACAUUUUUGGUCAGAAGGCUGAAUUUCUGUCAAUGGAUGACAGGUCUGACAGAUUUUUUUGUAAAACAAACUUUAGCCUACUUGCCUGUUGCUGAUUGGACUGUCUUUUGCCUUUUUUUCUUGGACAUUUUCAGCAGUGCAAUGGUUGAUGUCAUCAUGUUGCAUAUCAUCCUGCUUUUUCUAUGUUAAAAAAAAUAAGAGACUGUUGUAUUAUACCAUGGUUAUUACAACUUACAAAUUAUUUUAUUUCCUGUGGAUGUUAAUAAAACACCAACUUUUUAUCAGA